AUGGCAGACGACGGCCCGUCCGCGGCGGAGGACGCGAUCGCGGCGGUGGCGACGGGACCGGGGGACGGUGAUUCUCGCGUGACGAGGGAGCGGCACAAACGCGCGGACGCCGCCACGCCGAUCGUCACUCCGGGGCCGUGCGUCCCGUCGGCUCAGGACGCCUCCUCAUCCGCGAGGCGCGUCGGCGGACACGAGGACGCCUCUGCCAGUGGCGCGUCUUCGUGCGAGGCGACGAGCACGGCGGACGAGCAUCAUCGUCCUCACAACGAGCGCCGCGUCCAUCAUCGUCAUCAUCAGCAGCAGCAGCAGCAGCAGCCUUAUCCUCGUCAUUCUUAUCACCGUCAUCCAGCGCCUCAUCAUUAUUAUCGCCACUUCAUUUCUCAUCGCCAUCGUCCGACGAGCGAUCGCGGCAGUGGUGAUUCGCCGUCGCCCGUCGGCACGACCGACGUCGGCGUCGGCGCCGACGGCGACGGCAACGGCAAUGGCAGUGGCAGUGUCGGUCCGUACCACGGCGAUGUUAGAAUCGAGAUAGUCCGAAGCGUCGCGGUGGCGGACGAGCGCGACGACGACGGCAGUGGUAGUAGUGGCAGCGGCAGCGUCGGCGGCACCGACAGUGACUGCGACGGUGAUAGUGGUGGCAGCAAUAGUAUUAAUAGUAGUAAAAGUGGUGCUGGUGGUGUCGCGGAAAUGAUGACCGGUGGUAAUAAUAAUAAUAACGGCAGCGCGGCGACGCGCGUCGGCGUCGAGGACGCCGACGGGCCGGCCGACGACUCCGCGUCGUCGCGACGCUCGGCGCCGAGCGCGGACAGUGCACCGGAAGUGAACGACCGCGGGGACGGCAGGCGGAGAGGAGCGAGCAUCGCCGUCGCGCCGUCGCGGGAGGAGGGCGCGAGACCGAGCGAGGACGCGGCCGCGUCCGCCAAGACGCUUGACGGCGCCGGCAGCGGCGUCGCCGUGGCACCCAGGCACCAGGGCGGCCCGUUCAAGGGACAGGUUAGGAUGGCCGAGGACACCCUCGUCGGACCCUGCGGCAAGAAGCGGUGCGCGGAUCGAUACGACAGCUCCGAGAGCUCUGACAGGUGA